CUAAAUCAAAUCAUCAUUUUUGCCUCAGAGCUUCAGCAAUGGAGGUGGAAGAAGAGAGACGGCUGUUAUGGAAAUCGGAGUUGCAACCGGAAUCCAUGCUUUCAGUGACAGUAGGGAGAGCGAUGUCUACGCUGCUUGCUGCUCGCUGCAGGAAGCUACGCGACUCCAUUUCCGGCCUGUCUCUCGAAACUCUGAAGAAGCCUUCUUCGCUCGGUUCCUUGGAGGAGCAGCUCGUGUUUCUGCAUACUUACGUUAAAGAUGCAGCUGAAAAGGACGAGAAACUGGAUGACGUGCUUAUUCCCAUCAUUCAGCAUUCCUUGGCUAACAAAGACUUGAAACGUGGCGGCCAAGAUCUGGUGCUUAUCAACUGGCUGUUUCAAGAUGAGUUUGUAUUCCAAGCUGUUGCGAAGAAUACGGUAGACGUUAUCAAGGCGAAAGAUGACCGUUUCAUUUGUCUUGGUUGGUGUGUACUUGUGCGCAGUCUUGUGGAGUAUGAGAAUUUUAUGGAUCAGUAUUUGUUGUAUGGAAUCAGGGAUAACUACCAACCUCUGCUGGAUAUACUUUGCUUAUGUCUACCACAUUUAUCAAAAAUAGUAACCGCAGGGAGCGUUCUCCGAGAUGGUUUCGAGCUGCCAACUCGCCUAUCAGUGUCUGCUGCGGAUUGUAUUUUAGCUAUCAGCAAAGCAUUGACCAAAAAGGCUAAGGUUUCAAGCACGAAGUCACAAUUGUUGACAAUGAAUGCAUCUUCUCAGUCUAUGACUCCUCAAUCCACUGACACUGCAGUGAAGAAAGUGAAACUGCCAUCUAAAUCUUCAGAAGGUUCGAUGACCGAGAUGUCAUAUUUGCUCUGGGAUCAAAUGGACAUUCUCAUUUUGCUAUUGCAGAAACUUCUUGCUUGGAGCAGAAAAAGCAGAGUGUUACAUGCAAAGGGAGUGGAGUUAGUGCUUAAAUGGAUGCAGGAAAUAAAACAACGUUACCGUGACAUCCGAAAUGAGGCAGACGCUCUUAAGAGUGGUACAUUGCUAUUAUCAUCUUGUUGGAAGCACUUUGGCGGUCUAUUGUACUUGGAAGAUCAUAAUUUUUAUCAGAAGUGUGAUGAGUUGUUGGAACAGUACUCAUCUGGAAUCCAGUACUAUAUGGAAAACCAAGCUGAGGAUCAUGGAGAGAAGACAACUAGUGGCUUAGAAACUAGGAAGUUUUUCAUCACUUGUCUAUGUCUUCUCUUGGGGCGUUUAGAUGGCAAGAGAUUUGAAAGCUCAAUGUCAGAACACUGGGUAAAGAUAUCACGUAUCCUCAUAUCACAGCUUCACUGCACAGAUGAAGAUGUGGUCUCUGGAGCUGUUUGCAUACUGAAGGCAGCAAUAUUCAAGAAUGACUGUUCGUCUGGGAAUGCUCUUGAUAAUAAACAGAUGAAUAUGAUGUUCCCACAGCUACUGAACCUUCUUGAUGAACGGGAUAGCACAGCUAAAGCCAUUGUUAUGCUCAUAGCUGAAUACUGUUCCAUGUAUUUCUUUUACUCUGUUUCCAUAUGAAAGUCCACGUCCUCUGCUCUUUGUUCUGCUGCUAUAAUUUAUUUGAAUUUAUGAAAUGGAUGACCAGGAGCACUGGAGGUCAUUGUCUUGAACAGAUUCUACAGCGUCUUGCUUCUGAAAAUGCUAAGCAGAGGAGGAAUGCCAUUGACGUCAUUUCAGAACUGAUACACUUACUAUCAAAUUCAAUAGACAAGCUUCCUUCUGUGGCAUGGCAAGAUAUAGCCAACAGCUUGCUCGAGCGCCUUAGUGAUGAAGAAACAAUAAUACGUGAACAAGCAUCCAAUUUGCUUGCCAGAAUAGAUCCAUCAGUUUCCCUGCCUGCAUUAGUUGGCCUCCUUUACUCAUCAGAUGAUAGAGUGAAAAGAUCAGCUGCUACCACUUUCGUAGCUGUGCUCAAUUAUCAUGGCCAGGAACCUGGUGUCAUAUGUAUGCUACUUGACUGCCUUAGUAACCUAAACCAGAGUCGAGAUCUUCCAAAUGCUACUGGUGAUGUUUGGAAAGAGUCAAACAGGGAUGCUGAUCCAGUACUCAAGCUAAUACCAGAGUGGUCUAAAACUGUCCAAGAUUGGAAACCCUUUGUGGCAGCAUUAACAGAAAAGAUGUUUGCUGAUCCCGGCAAUGCAACUAUUGUCCGCUUUAUGAGUUGUCUAAGCGACCGCUUAGCAGAAGUUGCAGAUGUGGUCCUUUAUAGUGUCUUAUUGCAAAUGCAAAGACAGGAGGUUGAUGAAAGUUUAGUCUCUCAACGGGAAUGUGGAUCAUAUACAAAUCAGGACUCCGUGAAGCAACAGUCCUUGUUUGACCGCCUUUGUCCAUUACUCAUUAUUCGGAUGCUUCCAUUAAAAGUUUUUGAUGACCUUAAUCUCUCUGUGAUGUAUGGUCAACUUCUCAACCAAUGGGUAAUUCUUGGAUGUGGUGAUAUCAAAGCCGACCAAGAAUGUAUAUCUGCAUUUCUUGUCAAGAGGGCAUUGAAUGAGUCCGAAUUUGAAGAUGUUCGAAAACUGGCAGCUGAACUUUGUGGCCGAAUUCAUCCUCAGGUGCUCUUGCCUGCUGUUACUUCAGUAUUGGAACAUGCAACAGUGCUUCAUGACACAUUGAAGAUCAAGGCUUGUCUGUUCUCACUUUGCACUUCUCUUGUGGUUAGAGGUGGAGAAUCUUUUCCCCAUUCUGCUCUCCUCAAAAUUAGACAAGUCCUUGAAAAGAUACUAAGGUGGCCUCCUUUGGAUGACAAUGAAGUUUCCAAAGCACAACGUGGAUGCAUCGACUGCUUGGCACUAAUCAUUUGUGCUGAGCUGGAAGGUCCUGGGUCAGACAUAGAAUCUCGUCGACGAAAAUUUUCUGGGAAAGCCGACACAGAAACCUCCAUUUUCAAUUACGUGAUCCAUCAGCUGAUAACAAAUGAGGAAGAAGUCGAAAAUUCUGCAUACGAGGCUAACAUCUCUCGUUCAUUCCGCAUUUGCAUGGCCAACGUCCUCAUAAGUGCUUGUCAGAAAGUCUCCGACUCUAACAAGGAGUCUCUGGCUCAAAAAGCGCUUCUGCAUCUCAUCCCUUCUGUCAAGGGAAUAAGGUACCCAGAGAUAAGAUCUGCUUGCGUGCAGGUUCUGUUUUCAGCGGUAUACCAUCUCAAGUCUGCAGUUCUUCCAUAUUCAGCCGAUCUGCUUAAACUAUCUCUUGAGCUGCUUCAAAAUGGAUCAGAGAAGGAAAGACUAGGAGGCGCGAAACUGAUGGCGUCCCUUAUGGCGAGCGAAGACGAGAUUCUGGAGACGAUAUCAGUUGGCCUGAUAGAAGCAAGAUCUGUUCUCUCAAAUGUAUCCAGAUCCGAUCUUUCGCUUGAAAUUCGCCAGAUAUGCAAGCAGCUGCUGGCUUGCAUAACAACUUAAACAUACUGACAAUCGGUUUGUGGAAUUAAGACUCCCUACUAAGUAUAUUACCAAUUUUAAUUUCCAUCUAAUUUUUAAGGGUGUCCCGUUCCAGCAUUUGAAGGCAGAGAAAGGAAUUGAGAAGCAAAGCUCGUCACUUUCAUGGAGUUGGUUGCUUGGCAAUUUGGCAUUAAAGCAAAAUUUAAGGCGGCAAGUGAUAGUACAAACUACAGAACAAAGGGCGCCUUUUUGGCCGCGUAAGUGCGCACCUUUUGGCCCGUCGCUUACGAGGCCAAAUGACCAUCAUAGGUUAUUUAUUAGGCUGAUAGGUUGGAUAAAAUUUCGGUUGAUGCCAAUCGUUGGAUCGAAUACGAUACUAUUGUUUGAUGAAAUUGUCGCGUCACAUAAACUCAAUCUUUAAUAUGGUAUGAAAUCGACGAAAUAGCAUAAGCUUGGACUUUACUUUGUGAAACUGUAUUUUUUUAUUCCAAGGUGCGUAAGUUCAUGUUGAGGUUCCAUUUGUAGUGG